AUGAUCGACGAAAAUUUACCCACGUUCUUCCUCAAGAACAACUCAAAACAGCCUCAGAUCAGCACAAUAUACCAUAGUCAACAUGGUAAUGACCCCGAACCAGCUUACUCCUUGCGCGCCCUCGACCCCACCUCCCCAACAUCACAAAACCGCUACGGAGUGGCGCUGUACGACCCGUAUGUGACAGAUGUUGUCUACGGCGAGGUCGCCGUGGUUCCAGAUUGGACCCAACCAAGUAUGUCGGCAGACGCAAUACGAGCAAAUGGCGGCGUUGCACCGCCCCCGGAACCUAUCCUUCCUACCGAGUUCACCAUCCAGCUCUACAAUCCCGACCAAGAGAUCACAGUGCAAUAUCAUACCAAAACAUGGAACAAACCAGCUCGGUGGGAAUUUGAGAUGCCGCAAACCACAUUCCGGGUUCCGUCCGCUUCAGCGCUCGACCAGACUCAGAUCGAUCCCUCUAUCGCAGAUAUUACUCCGAAGUUGAGAUUCAGUUGGCGCAAGGAUGGGAAACUGUCAAAGGAUUUGACAUGUUUGUUGAACGGCAAAACCUCAACAAUUUCGGACACGCGCACAAAGAGCCGUGAGCCAGAUAUUACGGUCGCUCUAUUCCAAGGGCUGAAGGAGCUUACUCUCUACGAGCCCAAUCUCUACCGCGUCGAGAUGGAAGAUUUCAAGGGGUUGGAGGUCGUGCUACUGUUGGCCGCCGUUGCAAUUCGAGAUAUUUUCUUUGGACCUGCCAAGGAGGCCUUCCAUAUCACCCCCGGUGGGCCGAACCAAGCUCGCAAGCCAGUAGCAGGGCCAACUGCAACUGCGGCGCCAGUCACACCAACUAGUGAUCCCAGGCUGAACCCACAGGCCCGACCUACUGGGCCAGCAAUGAGUGGAAGGCCAUCACCGCCUCGGCUCAACAUUCCGAACUCCUCAUCUCCAGCCCCACAAGAGAGGAGGCGACAAGACGAACUCGCAAGACAGGAAGAGGAGCGACGAAGCCAGGAAGUGUUGGCCGCAGAACAAAAAGCACGGCAUCGGCGGGAAGCUGAAGUCGAGAAAGAGACCAGACGCCUGCAGCAGUUGUACGGGAAAGAAGAAGAGCAAGCACGAAAGCAACGACAUACCCCGGCUCCAUCUUCUACACCCUAUCUUUCACCCCGACACACCGGACCCCCUCAAUCUUACUCCCAUCAACACUCUCAAUCCUCAGUCCAACUUUCUUCCCAACCUACAGGCCGUCCAUCCCAUCAUCCCCGUCAACAACAUUCCCCAGGCGCACAGGUCCCUACCUUCGCCAACAACCCAUACCUCAAUGCACCGGGGCACUUGGAUCCCCGAGCCCAAUCAUCCAUCCAUCUCAUGCAGUCCCGACCACAGCAAGCACGCCCGCAACCCCGACCACAGUCUACCGUUGGGUUCCUCCCUACUAGCAGCGGUGCUCUCCCCGCGGCGUCGAGGCCUCAAAUCCAGCCGAAAAAGAGCAGUUUCUUUGGGUUCCGGCGUAACAAGGAGGAAAGCAAUGCUACCAAGCUUGAAAAAAAGCGGAGUUCUAUGUUCUGA